UGCCCAGCCCGCGGGCGGCAGAAGCAGUGCUUCCGCGGGUAAACUGAGACUGGUCCCGAGCCAGAUACUGAAGCCAGAGCCACGUGAGCUCUCGCGGACCGCGUGGGGCUUCGGCGGGUGUGUAGGAGUUCGCGGGGCACCCAGAGGCCCGGUCGAGCCAGCGUCCCCCUGCAGCGAUGAGCUCCAAGGCCAAGAAGCGCGUGGUGCUGCCCACGCGCCCGACGCCACCCACGGGGGAACAGGUGCUGGAGGACGUGCGGGGGGCAUCGGCCGCGGACCCCGUCUUCACCGCCCUGGCCCGUCUGGGAGACUUUGCAGGCCCUGCCGGGAGGCUGGAAAACCCAGAGGCACAGCAGGGCCUCCUCUACCAACAGAGCCAAGCCUAUGUGGCCACCAACCAGCAGCUGCAGGACGCAGUCGAGGAGCUGAGGUGCAAGUGUGAGGGCCUAAGGAGGGCGGGCACGGAGCUGGAGCGCAGCGUCGAGCAGGUGGCGCAGACAGCCCUGCCCACAGCCUCCCCCUCAGGCUGACCACCCCCACCGCAGCAGGAAGGGCAGGGAAAGCGGUAGUGUGGCCUUCACCUGGUGAAGCGGCAGUGUGUCCUGCCCGCCUACAGAAGCGCCCACGUGCAGUACCUGGUUUAUGAGUUCACACCUGCCCUCCUGACCCCACGGGUGCUUUGCCCCUCACCCUCAGAACCGGCUCCCUGGUCCCAGCAGCCGGUACCAGGUGCCCCAUGUCCAGUGCCCCCAUGCUGCUGGGACCUAGAGUCACAGGGGACAGAGCCUACCCAGGCUGCAAGUGUGUGUGUGUGGGGGGGGGCUGCUAGAGGGCCCAUGCUCAUCCUGGCUGCUGUGGCUUAUCCAGCCUGUCGACCGUUGUUGGGGUGGGCCCCUGUGGAGGCCAUCCUUCUUUAGGCCACCGGUGUGUGCCCAGGACGACUCCUCUGGGACGCCCUGCCAGCUUCUUGUCCUUCCAGAUGCCUCUGGAGUCAUUGCAGGCUCAGUGUGUGCCCAGGAAGGGACCACGUCUGCAGACCAUCACCAUCACCCGGGGAGUGGGAGCUGCCUUGGGGACCCCCUGCUAGAGGCCCUCAGAAAGGGCCUGUCCCCUCACAAGGGCUUCUGCCCCCAGCUGCCUGUGUGACUGCUGAUAGCUGCUGUGCCUGGCCCUGCCCAGGACUGCCCCUCUUUGUCCCCUACCCCACUGUCACCUGGACAGACACCCUCCCUGGCCUGCAGGUGGAACUGAUGUUGACCUCACUCCUCCCCCAAGCCCACCCUCCCACCUGCGCCCCCUGUUCCAGGGACUUCAGCCAAGGCGGCCACUAUGGAGACCCUCACUUUGAAUUCAGAGAAGUCGAGCGAGCUGGUGACCAGAGGCUUGGGGUCUGAUUUCUGUGGGGUGUGCCUCCAGGUGACCCAGCUGUGCCCCCACCCACCCACCCACCCCAAUCCCCGGGGUGGGCUGAGCCAGUGACUGACAGAUAUGGGCGUGCAAAAGCCCCCAGACUCACAGAGGAGCUGAUUCUGGGGUGCAGUUCAGGCUGCGGAUGUCUCACCGCCCGCGCCACCCGCCACGCUGUCCUCCAGAUAAUACCGGAAACCGAACCCCCUGUGGUGGAACAGCGGCUGACUCACAGCGCCCCUAUAGGACGAGGCCGGAACUGCGCCGAGCACCUCCAAGGGUGCCAGUGGAAGCGACGCUUCCUUCUUCUCACUGCUGCUCCUCCCACAGCUGCCGGGUUCCAGCCAUCAGCCUCCCGGUUCACACCCCAGAGCUCGACCGCUGCGCCACGAGGGCCCCUUCCUUCUCCCAGACACCCCAAUAAAACGUCACCCCAA